CCCGUCUGCACCACAUUAAGGGUACUCUGCUUGCACGUACUACAUAGGCCAAUAUAGUAAAGCAGGCUUUUGAACAAAGACUGACGACGGCAUCCUACUUACCGUUACGCCUGUGCUCGGAUGUUGGCAGGGUGUGUGAUGUUGAACACCUGUAACGGUCAAGCAGUGCUGGUCAACACAAUUGAAGUAUAUGGACGGAUGCGAUGCAUUGAUGCUCAUCGAGAGUCGGCCAGGAAUGGUACGAUUGAAACGUCGUUGCCUGAUCCGACCAGAUCUUAUCACGGCCGGGUCCUGCCCCUGACCAUGGGCAAUGGCGCUGGGUACGAGAAGCCAAAGUUGAUUAUUGGCACAGAAAUGUUCGAUGGCUUGGUGACGUGCUCGACUCGUUUGGAUGCUGAGGAAAAAGUCGACAUGCGAAUGCGUCGAUCACCCGAGGAAAUGGCCAUGAACUCAUGGUGUCUUCUGUUCGGGGCAGUGCCUGUGAUGAUAGUUAACUCGCCCUAUCUAAGGAUGGAGGUUGAGGCGGCAUCGAAGCGGCACGAUCAGGAGGAGAACGAGAGCGCAGAUGCCCCAGCUGUGGAAACAUGGAUGCACGGGAUCUCAGGUGAUAAUGGGGAGAUUGAGAUGAAGCAGCGCGAAAUGAAGGGGGCCGAGGAGAGUAUUCCCUAG